UCGGCUUUCGCCGGAGGUGCUGCUGCCGUCGCUUUGCCCCCCCAUCAGCGAUUCGAGGCGCCGCCGGCCGUCGCGGCGCAAAGACAAGUCGUUCUGUGUCCGUCGCUCGACUACUCGAAGGGCACGUGGACUGCAGGUAGAGCCAAGCUUAUUAUCGUGGCUGGCAAUAUUCGGAAUACGCGGAGGACGAUAAAGCAGCGCCCGAAGAUCUGCCGCCGCAAUUCGCGGCCGGGACAGACGUCGUCGUCCCGAUGCCGCCUGCCAACGCCAUGUGGUUCCCGUGGUUGCUGUUGCGAGCGGCAGCGACGUUCCUCUUUCUGUCACCGACAGUUCGAGGUGUCACCGUGCUACAACCGCUGUCGCCGCCACUGUUCUUCAAGGAGGAGCCCCCCGGCUGGGUCCCCUUCCUGAACAGCACGGGUGCCGUUGUGCCGUGCUCGGCGGGCGGUUCCCCGCCUCCCACGGUCACGUGGCGCAAAGCGGACAGCGGCGCGCCCGUCACCGAGCUGCCCGGUCUUCGACAGCUGCGGCCCGAUGGCUCGCUCGUGUUCCCACCCUUCGGCGUGGACCAGUACCGGCCCGACGUGCAUGCCACCAGCUACCGCUGCGAGGCGUCCAACAGCUACGGCAUCAUCGGCAGCAGGGACGUCCGCGUGACAGCCGGUACGUGGCAUGACUCUCGACAGCAUAGAGGACUUGUGCCGGAGUAA